ACACACACACACACACCCAAGACCCUACCCCUAGAACCGACCAACAGACCUCUAGAGUCUUGCAUAGAUCCCUGGAUAUAGCAAGUAAUCGUCAGCUGAACGCUAGCAAAGGGCAUUAUCCCACCCGAUCGAGUUGACGUACCAAGAACCCGCCGCCUUGAUGACCGUGUACGUACGGCCUCACGAAGCACGGCGUAAAGACGACUUCUCGACAGCCAUUGGGCUCGCAAUCGGCUUCAUCCGGUGAAAUUAAACAAUACAGUCCUUCCUCCGUCUCGCAAAACAAAACCCGUCUCAGGUUGACCUGAUACAAAUAAAAUAAAAAGACCCCAAACAUGGCGAAGAACAACUACAUCAUCACGCUCCCCGCCCUCAGAGAGGCGCCCUCGAAAUCGCCCGAAAUCGCCCGCGACAUCGUCGCCGAAUGGACAUCACGGUUCGAACAGACGCUCUCGGGACAAAAAAAUAAGCUCGACCUAACGCCCAUCUUCCGUCAAGACGCCUGGGUCCGCGACUUCCUCGGCCUCUCGUGGGACUUCCGGACGAUCAACGGCCUCGACAAGAUCUCUGCCUACUUCGCCGAGAACCAGCCGCGCGCGCGCCUCGGACGGCUCCGGCCCCGCGAGCAGGGCGCUUUCCGGCCGGAGUUCAGGGACCCGGCGCCCGGCGUCCACUGGGUGGAUAGCUUGUUCGACUUUGAGACCGACGUAGGCCGCGGUAAAGGCGUUGUCAGGUUGACACUGGAGGAGGGCGAUGACGGCGACGACGACACGUGGAAGGCCUUCAUGAUCAACUUUACCCUUGUCGAGAUGAAGGGCUUCGAGGAGAAGGUCGGAAUCAACCGGCCGACGGGCCACGUGGACGAUCUCAGGAAGGGGAACUGGAGAGAGCAGCGGGAGAGACAGAUGGAGUUUCUCGACGAGGAGCCCGCCGUCCUCAUCAUCGGAGCUGGUCACGCCGGCAUCAACCUCGGCGUUCGCCUCCGACAUCUCGGCAUCCCGACGUUGAUGGUCGACCGCAAUGAGCACGUAGGAGACAGCUGGCGGAAGCGAUACAGAACCCUCAUGACCCACGACCCGAUCCAGUACUGCCACCUUCCCUUCAUCCCCUUCCCGGCGGACUGGCCGCUGUUCACGCCCAAGGACAAGCUCGCCGACUGGCUCGAGUCCUACGCCAAGAUGAUGGAGCUCAAUAUCUGGACGAGCACCGAGGUCCGAGACACCAGUUACGAUGAGCACUCCAAGACCUGGACCGUCAAGCUCUUCCGCCACGCACACGACGGCGGCAGCACCCGCGUCAUCCGCCCGCGUCACGUCGUCCUCGCCACGGGUCAGGCCGGCGACCCCAUCGCGCCCUCGUUCCCGGGCCAGGAUGGCUUCCGAGGCGCCGUCUACCACGGCAGCCAACACUCGGACGCCUCUUCCAUCGCGGGUCUCGCCAGCAAGAGAGUCCUCGUCGUGGGGUCCGGCAACUCGAGCCACGACAUCUGCCAGAACUUCCACGACAGCGGCGCGGCCAGCGUCACCAUGAUCCAGCGCGGCGGCACCUACGUCGUCACGGCAAACAAGGGCCUCCUCCUGAUGCACAAGGGCAUGUACGAUGAGGGCGGCCCGCCGACGGACGACGCCGACAUCGUUGCGCAGAGCAUGCCGACCCCCGUGCAGUUCGCGCUCCACUCGCUCGGUACAAAGUUCAUCGCCGACACCGUAGACCGGGACCUACUGGACGGGCUCGGCAAGGCCGGGUUCAAGCUGGACUUCGGCCCCGGCGGCAGCGGCAUCUUCCGCAAGUACCUCACACGCGGCGGCGGCUAUUACAUCGACAUCGGCUGCAGCCAGCUCAUCGCCGACGGCAAGGUCAAGGUCCACCACAGCCCCGACGGCAUCUCGGGCUUCACGCCCACCGGCCUGACCCUAGCCGACGGCACCACAUUGGAGGCCGAUAUCGUUGUGCUGGCUACGGGCUACGACGGCAUGCGGUCCAGUGCGCGCAAGAUCCUGGGCGACGCCGUGGCCGACCGGGUCAGGGACUGUUGGGACCUCGACGAGCAGGGCGAGAUCAACUCUAUCUGGAGGGGUAGCGGGCAUCCCGGGUUCUGGUACACGGGCGGCAACCUUGCCCUGUGUCGCUCGUACUCUCGACUCCUGGCGCUGCAAAUCAAGGCGGUGGAGGAGGGUCUCUUGAUCCAGACUUGAAGGGCAACGCGAGAGUGUGGACGAGGGACGCGGUCUACAGCCUUAAGCAUGUGAUGAUGUGACGUGGACUGUAUUGUGAACCAAGUUCCGGCAUGCUAGCCAUCAGUAUUUCGGCUGAAGCUGGUGACGAAUGAACUCAGUCGGAUGCGUCCUAGGAAAGAUGCGGUGCUUGCUAAAUGUCAUAUUACUAUAAGCUUGCUGGCUUAAGAACACAUAGACUUUUGUCGCGCUCUGGCCGGGGCUGUCAUAUACUACUGGCCCUUCCUCACUCUCUGAGGGGAUCUUUCCAGCCCCGAGAUGUGUGUAUAUAGGUAAGGGCCCGUAUCAGGGAUCAUGUAUCAAAUCUCGUUCCCAUGAAUAUAGCCCUUGGCGAGUUGUUCCAGAAUCUCACCAACAAUCACCACUGCCGAAGCCGCCAAAUGCACCAAAGCCGACAGACUCCUUUUUGCAACGAACGCCCCCUCCCCCUCCCCCUCCCCCUCCCCCUCCCCCUCACACCC